AUGCCUGGUGCCUGGGACCUUGAAUCUCAGGACUAUAUGGUGUUGGCAGCCGAGGAGAACGUGGAUUUCCGUAUCCAUGUGGAGAACCAGACGAGAGCUCGGGAUGAUGUGAGCAGGAAGCAACUGAGGCUGUACCAGCUGUACAGCCGGACGAGCGGGAAGCAUAUCCAGGUGUUGGGGCGGAGGAUUAGUGCCAAAGGGGAAGAUGGAGACAAAUAUGCUCAGCUUCUAGUGGAAACAGACACAUUUGGCAGUCAAGUCCGGAUCAAAGGCAAGGAGACAGAUUUCUACCUUUGCAUGAAUAGGAAAGGCAAGCUCGUGGGCAAGCCUGAUGGCACCAGCAAAGAGUGCGUCUUCAUUGAGAAGGUCCUGGAGAACAAUUACACAGCACUGAUGUCUGCCAAGUACACAGGCUGGUAUGUGGGCUUCACCAAGAAGGGGCGACCGAGGAAGGGCCCCAAGACUCGGGAGAAUCAGCAGGAUGUCCACUUUAUGAAGCGCUACCCCAAGGGCCAAGCUGAGUUGCAGAAGCCCUUCAAGUAUACGACGGUGACCAAGCGGACAAGGCGCAUCCGGCCCACGCACCCUGGCUAGAGCAGCCAGCCCCACCAGCCCCACCAGGAUGGUGCAACCA